AUGAGGGGAAGUGACGAGGAAGAGAGGAAGAGAUGGCGGUUUCAUGGCAACCGGCCGGAGAUCGGCGAAGCAUCGGCAAGCACGUUGAGAGGCGUUUACAACCGGGUCAUGGACAGCAUGAACAAGGAGGACCCGAGACCCGUCAUCCAGCUUGGCCAGGGCGACCCGUCUGCCUUCUCUUGCUUCCGUACAGAUCCCUCCGUCGAAUCGGCCAUCGUCGGUGCUCUUGAAUCCGGCCAGGCCGUGGCGGAGUACCUGAAUUCCGGCCUGCCGUACAAACUAUCCCCCGACGACGUCUACCUGACGGUGGGAUGCACGCAAGCAAUCGAAGUCGCCAUAACCGCACUGGCCUGCCGGCCGGGGGCCAACAUCCUGCUGCCGAGGCCAGGCUACCCGGACUACGAGUCCGCCGCCGCCCAGCGCCACGUGGAGGUCCGCCACUACGACCUCCAGCCGGAGAAGGGGUGGGCGGUCGACCUGAAAUCCCUCGGAGACCUCGCCGACGGCAACACCGUGGCCAUCGCGGUGAUCAACCCGGGGAACCCGUGCGGCAACGUUUUCGGGUACGAGCAGCUGAAGGGGAUCGCGGAGGUGGCCAGGAAGCUCGGGGUUUUGGUGAUCGCCGACGAGGUUUACGAGCAGCUCACAUUUGGUGGGGAGAAACGGCCGUUCGUGCCGAUGGGAGUGUUUGGUUCGAUCGUGCCGGUGCUGACGCUGGGCUCGCUGUCGAAGCGAUGGGUUGUUCCCGGCUGGCGCCUCGGCUGGAUCGCCGUUACGGAUCCUAAUGCCGUUCUUCGGGAUUUUGGGAUGGUAGACACAAUUAAGGACUGCAUCAACAUUUGUGCGGACCCGGCAACGCUCAUUCAAGGAGCGGUGCCUCAAAUCCUGGAGAAGACGGACCGUCAUUUCUACAGCAACAUCAACAAGCUACUCAAAAGGGCCGCCGAUCUGUGCUACGACAGGUUUCAGGACAUACCUGGACUCACUUGUCCCACCAGAGCCGACGGUGCCAUGUCUCUCAUGGUAAAGUUGAAUCUGUCAGAAUUUGCCAGGAUUGAAGAUGAUAUUGACUUUUGUCUGAAGCUUUCAGAGGAGGAAUUAGUUAUAUUGAUUCCGGGUACAGCUGUGGGUCUGAAGAGUUGGGUUCGUGUGACUUUUGCAAUCGAUCCUUGGGCACUGGGAAUUGGACUUGACAGGAUCAAAGCCUUUUGUCAAAGACAUGCCAGCAAAUACAAUGCAAUAUCAAGAUUGUCACUUUACCCUCAGCUUAAUGGCAUCGCCUGA